AUGCGAAUCUCUCGGUGUCUUCUUUUGCCCGGGAAAAUCUAUGCCAGGCAUUCCACCUCAGUCAUCCCUUUUAUGGACAGGCACAACUGCCUGCAUUUCGACCUUUCAGCGACCCCCGCUGUGCAGGCAAACUGCUCCAACUGGCAGUCGAAAAUAAUGGGUUUUAUGAAAGUUUUGCGACAUCCUCUCAUUACUCCUCUCCUGUAGAGCAACUUUCAGCGGCGUGCAAUGAAGUUCCCCGUAGAUGUAAUGCUGUGUGGUUGCACUUGUUGCCAAGUCAAUGUGGCCUGUUGCCCGGCCUCUGUGCCCCACCUCCUGACGGACAGGGCUUCCAGCUUCAUCACGCAAGACAGCAAUCACUUUCUCUCUAUCGUUGGCUGGGUCCCGGUGAGGAUCGUAUCCCCGCCUUUGCCACUCACCAAGUUGCGAUUACGGGUGAGUUUCCCACUCUCACCCUUUCCUUUCAUCUCUAUCCCCGAGACUGUGAUUAUUUCUGUUAAAAUACCUGCAAAACAGCCCACAGCUAUGAUUUGUCCAUAUUUUUUGUAGCGCUUGUGAGUAGAUCCUUAAACUUGCCGUUUGCGUUGCUGUUAAAUCUAAGAAGUCAAGUCCGACAAACGUACGCUUUCGAUUAUUCGCCAUUAGACCUGUACAGUAAUAUAAGGGAGGGUAGAAUAGCAAAAGUCGAACAUCCAAUAAAAGACAAUAUAGGGGAAGGGGGUUGAAGGGCGUUCAGAACUCAGUGGUCAGAUUCUAGUUUUCUCUGGGAUUUAGGGAGGGGGAGAGGGGGGGAGGUGUCUGGCGAUUAACUGUCCGUGUUUCGUCGCCCAACCGCGACGUGGCAGGUGGGAAUACGUAUGAUUAGCCUUAGCCCGUACAAACGUUUUAUGCGAGCACAGAGCUGGGUUGGCUAACCAUAUGGCUACUGCUUCAGCCGUCGCAAGUAUUCGCUGACGCAGGAACUUGGAGUGUCUCGCCGACGCUUUGUAGAGGACUCGGAAUGCUUGGUUGACGUCUACCCGGUGGCCGCUGUCAACCAAGUGAUCCACAAUUGCGUUAGAGAUGGACCUUUCCCCACCGUGAUUUAGCCAGUCAGGAUGAUGCUCUCGCAUCCGCUUACGCAGACGUCUAAUUGUUCGACCUGCCCCACAGGGGCAAGUGCAGGCGUAGAUGCACAUUGAAGAGGUCUGAAAGGGCAGUCUGUCCCUGCCUUCAAGGCGAAGAAAUGGUGUGCCUGUGAAAGCCAAUCUUAUCCUAGCGGCUGGGUACGUGCACGCGAUAGCAGAUUUUAAGUGACGAUGUAGGAGUUCGCUCGCCGGAUCCCCUCGAAAUGACAUUGGGAAAAAUAAUUCCUUCUUAACCGUCAGCACAUCAGAUUUUGGAGGUCGUUCUUCCCUUUAUUUGUUGAUAAACUUUUCGGGGUAGCAGUUUUAUCUCCGAGUGUUCCGUAUAAUGGCGAGUUCAUUCUCAAGCCUAUCUGGAGUGCCUAUUCUCCUAGCUCGGUUGGUGAUGCAGCGCACCAAGCUUCGUUUCUGGCGUAGUGGGACAAAAGUGUGGAAAUUUGUUUAUUGUCCUGUCCGUAUUUUCUUGCGAAAUACGCUUCUACUAAUUGUUCCAUCCGGCAUCCGCGCAGUCUUGUAUGCGCUGGCGGUUCCCUGACACCUGGUCCUCUGCCGGUAGAUGCGCUUGCGCUCCCGCUGGGUAUACAAGUGGUGGGCAUGGCUGCCCAGUCAUCAUCCUCGUUCUUCUAAUUCCUAUUGGGGUGUUGUUGGUAUUGAUGAGAAAUCCGGGUCAAGUGUAUGUUGUGGACCAGGGGGUGUGGUGGCACGCCUAGGUCCGGAUCCGGCCCUGCCAGUCACCUGCGCCCUCACCCCACCUCCAGUCUUCUUGCCUCUGUCUUGACACCGGGCUCAGGUGGAGAGUGGGGAAGAGAGAGUGCGGUAGAUGCUGCGCAAGUCUACUAUCAGUAUACACUAAUUUGCGCGCAAUUCACCAUGCCUGUUGCACCUUGCUGUUAACACACGGCGGUUUUCGUCGAAAUCGACGGUUGAACUGUCAUAUCUUCUGAAAGCCACUCAACUGCUUUUGAGGCUUUUACAAAGGGACUUUUGUAUUUGGAUACAGAACAACCUUAAACCACCGAUUCAAUGCGUCAGAACUGCGAAAAAUACCGUGGAAGUGCUGCAGUCUAUCAGAAAGGACGUUUUUAACUCUCGAUGAACACCCCUUUGGUAAAGUUUACGGUGCCUUCGUUCAUUCCCGACAGUUAGACGAUCACGUACGACGAGGUCCUCCAUGUACCUCACGGAGUGGGUGUAGGACGGGUACUUGCGCGUGAGUUAGUUUAUAGUUAUGCGGACUUGCGAAGCAUCUACUUUCCUGUCUUCUCCCUCGCCCACUUGAAACUAAUUGAAAGCCACCAUUAGGACGACUGAGACAGUGCAGGCGCAGCGGCUGACAAGGCUCGUCCACAUAUGUCACGCAGGCCCUUGUCCCCGGGAAAUGUACCAGGCUUUUACCAAGACUGCUCGGAUCUCGUAUGCGUUUGAGGACCAUGAAAGUCACAUUCAGAAGGAGCCAUUUAGUCUGACUGUCAGUUCUGUGAAGGACCGAAUUGUUCCGCCAUUUGGCGGCCCUGGAAGUCGCGGCUUUUAGUGCUUGAUAUAUUUAAAUGCAUCUGAUUUAUUAUGGUCAGGAAUGCGCUGAUUUGCCGUGGGGAUGGGUUCUCCGGUGUCGGCAUCGCUCACUUCCCUCCGUUAGCCUGUCCUCCCCCCCCUGCCCCAGCAUCUCAAUCAGUGGGCGCUGGGGCUGGACGCAGUGGCCAGCGCGGCGUGAAGCCUACGUUUAGGCGUGCCACAAUGCGUCCCGUGUGCGGCAGUAGUCCUGAGUAUGCGCGGGCCCUGCACAACCCGAUUAGCGCGUGCUGCGAGCCAAAUUGACCCUGUUUCGAUCCAGUGCAUCUACAGCGAGGCCACCUUUGGGGGUCAUUUGUCCCCACUCACAAUAUGAUAUGCAAGUGUGGAGAGUGUUACUGGCAAAGGACAAACUGUAUCGUGAGAAGGUGCAGCGUUAAGUGACAAAGACAGUGCAAGUUAGAGAACGUCGACCCUACCUACAAAGGCUGGAAUGCCUUAAAGUGUUCCGUGGAUGUAACAGACAUCGGAGGAGUGACCUUUGUAUAGUAUAUAAGGUAAUGCGCGGCCUCGAACAAGGAAUGCGUUUUGAUGAUAUGUUCCAGUGACGGCUUCCGCUUCAUCUUCGUGGACAUUCGAUGAAAUUUCGCAGGAAAAUUUCGAAGUCUAAUUGUCGGUCUGAUUUUGCACAGCAUGUGCAAUGAACGACCUUCGAGAGUCAGUUCUGCGGGUGAUAUCUCUAUAGCUCUUCAAGUGGAAUGACUGUAUGCCAGCCAAUCAUAAUUCUGACAGCCAUCUCGGGCCAGAAGCACAGACAUACUCACGCAUGCAGUGCGUAGGGUCUAAACACUUCAAGCCGAAAUUCAUCACUGCCUCGCCAGCUGGCACUCCUUGUCGCUGCGAAGCAGGCAUUCAUUCAUACAGGUAUGGAGGCACACCGAUCCACCGGCUUCCCGAAGCAAACAGGCUCUGACGCCAUGACAUGACAACCAUCUACGAGAUCGAGGUUUACCAAACUGUCAAUACAGAGGGGUUGUGGACAAAGAUGAGGGCAGAUCGAUUCAGUCCCGUUUCCGACAUAUUCUUCAUCCGCUCAUCCAAUCAUAACUCUUACCACCACUUAAGACCGCGAUAGUUCGACCGUCGUUUUCGGCGAUGUCCACCGUGUGCUCCACAGCAAGGUGACGCAGAGAGGGCGACUUAUGCUUGGAUUAGUUUGUAGUGGCAGUAGACUUGCACAACCUCUGCCGCACUCUCUCCUUCUUCUCACCUGGGCCCAGUGUCGAGAUAGAGUCAAGAAGACCGGAGGCGAGGGAGGGCGCAGGUCGAUGGCACGGUCGAGUCCACGCCUUGGCGCUCCACUGUACACCCCCUGGUCCACACAGCAGAUGGCCAGGGUUUUAACCAACGACAACAAUGGGGAGGGCCGCAGGGUUCCUAAUUUGCGCAACUUCUGCUGGCAACCGGGUCUGCCACCGCACCCCGAAAUGUUGGCAUUUGUUAUGGUGCUCAUUCCGUUAACGCCUGUCAGAAUCCGAUAUGGCCCCCAUGUUGGUCCAGCACAUCUAUGUGGCCCGUUCGGGGGCACACACCACAUGAGACCGCAAGUACAGACACGCGCAGACACACAAUGUAAGUGUCCCACAGACAAGGUCUAUCAGAUAGGUUGUAGGAACUGCGUUGGAUCGAUGCUCAUGAGCUCCUUGACUCCUGACAUUCCCUGUCGCACUUCUGUUUCGGGGCGUUCAUGAGUCAUUAUGCGCCAGUUUCCCUAUAAAUGUCCGAUUAUGUUUGUGUAGUGAUCAUUCAUUCAUCAUGUACGGCAACUUUUUAACCCAGCGAUGUGUAGACGGUAGGGGGUUUUUUCAAAAAGGCGUUGUCAGUUACUCUUCAAAUUCCACAAAAAUAUAGACUGUCAGAGUCGAACCAGUUACUUCCUAGCCUUUAGCUAGAACUUGGGCUGUCAGUAUGGUAAAUCAUGUAGCAUGUGUAUGCAGUGAGUGACCUAUCUCAUGAAAUGUUGACUGAAAUUCUGAAACGUGUUUUCGAUUAGGAAGGAUUACUUAGGCGCGGUUGUAAGACUAAUUAUAUUGCGGCAUAAUUCUUUAGUAUUUUGGACUCGGCAGGAUGUCGGCUUUCAAACACACUGCUUUUUAAUCUCCUGUAAAAAACGUACUCGGUAAAAAAAUGACUACUUAAGUAGCAUGCAUUUUCCCAUUGAUUUUCGAUGGUCUUGCAAAUUCAAAUAUAACUUAUGGAAAUCGAAAACAAAAAUACGCUUUCUUUCAGUCAAUUAAUAGAGAAUCACGUUUUCUUUAUAUUUUGCAUUCAAGGAAGGAGUAAAAUUAGGUUUUAAAAAAGUUUUCCAAUUCCCGAAUAAUUUUGAGCCAGAUCCGCCAUUGCAUUAGCGUUGAGCGAUUUCAGUUUACAAGGUGCAUGCUUUGUUCGUAAAGAAAAUCACAUAUUCCUCUGUGCCAUCAGGAAGAUACCGCAUAGAGUUAAAAAAAUUUGCAAUGGAUCCAGACUAUGUUGAACAUUUCACGAGGAUCUGUCAUAAACGGCCAGGUACGAUGCUAUGUGAAUGGACAUUGCGCGGUCUUAAAAAAUCUCAUUGUUAGAAACUUUCUUAAAACCUAAUUAUACUCCUUCCUUGAAUACAAAAUAUAAAGAAGACGUGAUUCUCUAUUCAUUGACUGAAAGAAAGCGUAUGUUUGUUUUCGAUUUCCAUAAGUUAUAUUUGAAUUUGCAAGACCAUCGAAAAUCAAUGAGAAAAAUGCAUGCUACUUAAGCAGCCAUUUUUUUACCGAGUACGUUUUUUACAGGAGAUUAAAAAGCAAUGUGUUCAAAAGCCGACAUCCUGCCGAGUCCAAAAUACUAUAGGAUUAUGUCGCAAGAUAAUUACUAUUACAACCGCGCCUAAGUAAUCCUUCCUAAUAGAAAACACGUUUCAGAAUUUCAGUCAACAUUUCAUGCGAUAGGUCACUCACUGUACUACUGACUGCCCGUUUGCUGUUCGCGAACAUAACGCGGUUUGCCUCCUGUAACUGAUGGAUUUCAGCUCAAAUAUUCAUAUCAACUUUCGAACUGGGCCUAUAAGGACCGUUCCGACCUAUUUACUCAUAGGUAGUAAUUUACUCCUGAGGAGAUUGAAAAACUGAGAUCUCGAAAUCGCAAAGCAUCCUGGGAGAACUGGGAGGUCCAUUGCUGAGCCUUAACCCUCACAGCUGUGUAUUGCUGCGGCACAAUAUCGGUGAAAUACGUGUCUGCGCCUUUAGUUAGUACCUCCGCGGCCAGUAUUGUAAAUAAUGCAACGACUGUCUGUUUAGCUGAAAUAGCACUUUCAUCUAGCCUCCAUCGAGUCGUUAUCACAAGCACCGAGAAAUUGAAGUCAUCAUUACCGAAUUAUUACGUUAUAUGGUCUACAGUAAACGGAGAAAACAGCGCCCAAGGUCUUUCAAACCCUGUGAAUUUGAAAUGACACCUUUUUAAAAUGUCUGCGCUCUGCCUUGAACAUGUCAUUUAAUUUUUCACUCUCUUCCCUUUCAGCCGUGAUAUCGCGGACGCACGACGGGCAUGUGCUGUUGGUGCAAGAGACCAACCCGAGGCUUGUAUGCACUUUUACUUCUGACGCAUAUUUUUGCAGGCCGGACUUUGGAAGUUUCCCUCGGGGAGAGCAGAGUUCGGUGAAAGCAUCGGUAGGGCAUCUAGUAGUUUUUCUUACUUCACUCAUGUCUGACAAAGUGUCUGUCUUUGCAGGAUUGCCCUUUCCCACCUUUUUGCAUGCACUCCUCGUUGAAAUUAGUUCUUUCUUCAGACGCCCGCGGGCAGGCAUGGGAAAUCGCUACUGUAAUUGCACUGCGGCUGCCAUGCUUCUUCUUCGAACGUGAGCGUACAGCCGACUAAAGUGCUGGUCCCGACGGGCCACGGGAACCAGAUCAGGAUCCGGCACGCGUUACUGGGUGACGCACCCAUGACAAUUGUCAUACGUGGGGAGGGGAGAGUUUUGUGGCACGCCUAGGCGCCGGCUCACGCUGCGCCAGUCAUCUGCGUAUGAGAAGCCGUCGUCCCUACGCCCACCAUUCUGUGGGGGGGGGGGAACAUACGGUAGACAUCGUCGGUAACAACGACCGAAUUUCCAAGCUUCCGACUCGGUCGAUCGAUCGAUCAUGAGCGCAGAAGACGGAGUGUGUCAUAUAGACAGGUGGAUGAAAUCGCUUUAACUAUGGUCAGUCACUGUUGACAGACAGGAUUAACCUAAUCUUGCAGCGGAAUGUAAAAGGCGGGGAGUUUCAAACACUUGCUUUCUACCGGAAGUGAGGGUCUUUAGAACUUAAGCUGGCGGAUUUUGGCUCAAAUACUCAUAUUAACGCACCGACUAAGCUUCAUUUCGAAUGACUUACUCCAAGUUAACGCAUUACAUUUUGUGGAGGUCAAAGGACCGAAAUCUCUAGAACUAUGUUCGUGUGAUGUCCAGUGUGAACUCAAAGCCGCGACUGAUAGAUCCAUAAAAGUAAAAGUAAGAAUUUACAGUGACAAACCAGGGGUGACAGCCUGACAACGGGUCUUUAUCAUACUCAAAAGACUUACAGUACUCAAACCAUAUUUGUUCCGUCCGUUAGGUUUUGGCUGGCCGCGUAUGAUUAGCAGAGUUUUAAAGUCAUUGGAGACGCGGCUAUCUCCUAGCUUCGCUGACCCCGCCCCCCGACGUCUAGUUUUCAUUUCUAGCCUGGCACGACAGUCAACUCCGGUAGCCGCUUUGAAGAGGGCGAAUGAAGCAGAUUGGGGUAACCGGCCCGUCUGCACCGACGGUGGCUUUGUGUCUGCUGAGACCGGUUCGGUUGUGGAUUAAACACAAGUCGGGCUGUGCCUUGUGUGGACUGGAUCUUUGGACCUGGUCAGUUGCCGUGCGCACUGUAGAUCGCGCCGACCCAGUCUUGAUGUUGAAAAAAUGAUGGAUAUGAGAGAAAUGAGUAAGGUCGAUGCUUCACAAGUUAUCCUCACUGACAGUUCGACCGUCGUGAGAAACGACGUCUACUCCCUGUGCCACACGGGGCGGACGCAGCACCGGUGGCUCUUAGUGGGACAGGCCUGCGUAGUAACGACCGCGUUCUCACGCCCCUCAGUCAUGCUGCCUUGAAGUUUUAGGACGACCGGGGAUGGGCACGGACUCAGUGGGUAACAGGUCUACCCGGUGCGUCUACGCGUGCCACACACGAUCCUGUUCCAAUCGCGUGUGCACCAGGCAGCAAUGUGGACGGCUCGGAUUUCACAUCAGCAAGGCCGUGUUAAGAAGGAGCCACUGCAGUCCGAUUCUCGGCUUUCCAGUUCCUCUAAAAUACUGGCAUCCUUCCGAACCAUGACUCCAAGCACAUCGUGGUAGAUCCUAGCGCAUCAUAUUUGGUAUGAUGAAGAAGACGCUAAGUUGCUGUGCGUAUGGAUCCCCCAGUUUCGCCCUCACUCACUCCUGCCUCACAACAAUCUUAUUCACGCGCAACUCACUACUACCCUGCUGGGGUGGUAUUAGUCAGCGUCGUGUUCACCGGACUAACUGUCCCAGUCGUUUUGAAUUACCCUGUGAUGUCUUUAUCUUGAACAGCUUCGGUCUGUUGAUGAGGAGGACGUUUUACCACCAAGCCGAUUCGUGGCAGUUGAAACGGUCUUUGCUUAGCUGUACAUUUACGCGAUUGGAGGUAAUGGUUCCAUCGUCGGUCGGGGGGGGGCGAUGAUUACAAGCGUUAAACGCCCGGACUUCUGUCACUUUUUUUUCCCAUCAUGUCUGCCCUGGACCCCAAGCUUUGUGAGCGUGUGCUAUGCCAGGAUCAGCAAACCAUGGCCCUCGCAGCCUGGUGUGCAUUGGCAGUUCUCUGGCACCUAGUUGUCUGGCAGUAGAUGCGCUUGCGCUCCCGCUGGGUACACAGGUCGUGUGCAUGACUGUCCAAUCACCCACGUCUUUUCUGCGGUUAUUGUUGUUAUUGGUCAAAAUCCUGGUCAAAUGUUCGUUGUGUGCCAGGGGGUGCGGAGUGGAGCUCCAAGGUGCGGGUUCGGCCACGUCAUCCGCCUGCGUCCUCCCCACCUCCGGUCUUAUUAACUCCACCUUGACACCGGGUCCAAGUGGGUGUGGAGGAGAGUGUGGUAGAUGCUACGCUAAUCUACUUUCACUACAAACUAAUUCACACACAAGUCACCGUGUCUGCUUCACCUUGCUGUGGAGCACACGGUGGACAUCGGCGGAUGCGACGGUCGAACUAUCAUGUCUGCCCUUUCCUCCGUAGGUCAGAACAGCGGUGGUCGGGACAGUUUGAUGUGGGUGAGGAUGAUUUUCUGAGAUUCGCCUGUUUAAUAAAAGGAGCUGGUCAGCACGCACACAAAUUCCAGUAAUGUGCUAUGCCACUAUCAGCAAACCAUGGCCCUUGCAGCCUGGUGUGAGUUGGUAGUUCUCUGGCAACUGGUUGUCUGGCAGUAGAUGCGCUUGCGCUCCCGCUGGUAUACAGGUCGUGUGCAUGACUGUCCAAUCACCCACGUCUUUUCUGCGGUUGUUGUUGUUAUUGGUCAAAAUCCUGGUCCGGCUAUUGAUCACCAAGACCAUGAAGGUUCGGAAUCACCAAAGGUUAAAAAGCAGUUUUCGAGGGGAUAAUCAGCUGUAGGCGAAUCCUUUUCACUGAAGCGCAAUAGGGAAACACUGUCGCAUAAUACUGUCAGCACAGCUACUAGCUGAAAGCCCAAUUAUACAUAUACAUUUUCGUGCCGAGCCUACAAAGCUUCACUCUGAAGGACUUGGCCUAAGUUGGCGUAUUAAUUUCUGACGGGAUUAAAAUGCCAACACAUGCAUGCAUUUUCUGUGGCGCUUUUAGCUCGGAGCAUCUCUCACGUGACUGUAGCUAGACGAGCCGUUUGGCAGAAAGACGCUCAAUGGUCGGCUCGGCACGUGCACUCAUCAGUUACCGCCUCAGACUUACUUCCCCGCCUUUUUGAGUAAUCGGACAUGUUAUAACACUAUAAGUCUGGGGCACAAAUUAGAGCCAAGCAAGCAGAGGUGCUUCCGCUAUUUGUAAAUUCCCAAAACAUGAAGUAGUCCUACUAAGUCGUGGCGAACUGUUGCACUCAUUUUGGAUUCGUAAGAAAAUGUGAAAGCUCGCUAUGCUUCGCAUGAGACUUUUUCCGCCGCUUAUUAAACUCCCCCCACGUAGACUGUGUGACUUCUGUAAGUAUAUUUAGCAACGGCAGGGUGAAGGACCUCAAUUAGAUGUCGGUAGACUGUGGAUCGUGUCAAAUGGGAAUUGAGGUAAUGGAGGACUUGACGUGUGGGACAGCAUGCCGGACAGUAAACUGACAGAACGUAGGAAAACACAGAAGGCGGUCGAUGGCAAAAACGAUACCUUCGAGUAAAGUGAUGAAUGUAUUCAGAUACGGUAUCCAGCUGGAUAUUCCGUGGCGUUCCAUCUUGAAAGAAUGCUCGACCAUCGAACAACUGAGUCCACCCCCUAGCAGAUACUUCUGUUGUCCCUAAAUUCAUGCUCAGUUGAUCUCCUUUUUGUUUCCCCCCCUUGGGUACAACUGCUAGUCAUCAGUGCUCAACCAGGUUUCGCAAGUACAUACACCAGCACACGAUCCACAUUCUACUGACAUCUAAUUGGGAUUCUUCACCCUACCGUUACCGUAUAUUCCUCUGGCCCGUUCAGACCCUUGUCGGAGUCAGUGCUAAAGGAAAGCAGUGAUGAAUGAGGGUUUUUUUCGCGUCGCAUCGACAAUCAACUGUUUUUACCUCACUUGGGUGGGAAGGGGGUCACACCUUUGUUUCGCUCGUCGUAGUUUCAGCCUACGCCCUUUGCUUUUGUUUUCUCUCUACCUUGGGUGGGGAUAAGGUGUAACAAAGAUCAGAACUCGUGACUGAAACUUUUUCCCUCUCGGCGUAGUUUCAACCCAAGCCCUUGGGUUUUGUAGAAGAGGGGUCCUUUUGGCUCAGUGUUUACCUGAAAUGACCCCGUCGAUCAGGCUCACGUCUUCAUCCAAACGGUUGGGAAGACUAGCACACAUCUUCCGCAGCCAGUGUUCUGUUCUUAUCUAGUGCCUACAUUCGGUAAGGCUCUUGCUUAGUCCAUGUCAUCUGUGUGAACCUCCAACUUGGUCUCAGUGUCUUAAUCGUUACUCUCUGUUCUUCCCCACGAUUGUAGUUGAUGCGACUUUGCGCGAAGUUUACGAGGAAACUGGCCUAAAACCCACUUUCCGGGCCCUAAUGGGUGUGCGGGAGAGCAACGAUAUCCCCUCUACUUUUGGAACAGCCGAGAUACUGGCGUUGUGCCAUCUUUCUCUCCCAGGAUCCCCCGCAGAGAUCGACAGUCAAUUGAAACUCUGCCCUAUUGUACGUUCUGUGUCUCCUCUCAUUUGAACCCCCUUUCUUUCUGCCCCGGCUCGCCGAUUAUCAUAUCAGCAAUAAUCAGCAGAAAAUUGCACUCAUUUAUGUCGCAUCCGCGUCUUCUCUCACGCAAGUAUAAUACUCAGCUCGUUCCUCUAGGUCGCAUCUGUUAAAAAGGUAGAUGCAGCCGUGCUUCAUGCAGAACACCCAGCGUAGAACGGAUCUAGGGGCGUUGGUGAGCAGCCUAACUGCCUCUUGAAGGCUGAUAAUUGUAAGUCUGAUUUUCUGGCCAAACUUUGACGGUAGCAUCACAGAACGAAGGCUUUAUAGGUUUUAGUCAAAGGCCGUUUCCGGCUCCCGAUCGCCGUGCCGUGAUGUACCUAGUAGGAGCCGUCCCGUACCGAAAUGCAAACCAACAAUGGUUGGGCAGCGCGUACGCACCCUCGCGGUGGCCUGUUCUGUGAGCGCCUCCAACGAUGUAGAUAUGCUUGAGCGUGGGUCCAUAGACAGACGAGAAGAACUGUUAACUUCGGCUGUUCGCGAAGCAAUUGCUUUGGGUUCAAAUGUCGGAUCCUAUAGAUCAGUGUUUUGACCGUAAUUAUUUACCGUACUAACAACAGAAGCAUUAGCUAAAAGCCCAGACAUGCGGGUUUCGCCGAUCUUAUGCCGCUGCCGGACGCACCUGCGAGGGCUUCGACUCAUCAGUGGGUCCCCCAGCUUUCCCCAUGUGUUUUCUGGCAUAUGAACUCCAGUUUAAACUUUCCUUGUUUAAUUUCCGAGGAAAUUACCUGUGUUGUUAGUACGGUAAAUAAUUACACAAUUCUAUACUACUGGCUGCCUGUUGGCGGUUUGUGCAUAUUACGCGGUUAUUCCGCGGCAGCUGAUGGGCUUCAGCUCAAAUAUUCAUAUCGAAUUUCGGAUCAUGCCUCAAAAGGCGUGUUCCGAAAGAUUUACUCCAAGUUCGUGCACUAAUUUCAUCGGAAAUUAAACAAGGGAAGUAUUUUGCCCAGAUCGUAGUUUCUUUUCUUGCGCAACUUCAACAUAAAUUUUAGGUCCGAACGGCUUAAAAGAAAAAUAAUUGCGAACCGUAAUUUUUUUAAGUCUACACCUCGUACUGAAACCGCAGGAUCCUGUUCAACAUUCUCAUGAAUUAUCAUUUUUUUCUGCGCGUUUAUGUACCGGGUCUCGUCAGCUCCGUCUAUCAUUUGCAUUCUUAUAGGAAAUCAAAGCCGCUGAGUGGUUCCCGCUGUCGAGUAUCUUUGAUGCCAAGGUCCUUCCAACACUUGAGGAAAUAAUGAAACCGACCCCAUCCCAACAAGGCUUGACGAUUAGUCCACUUACGCGAAUUCUCGCCGAAAUGCUAGCCAAGGAGGAUGCGACGACUCAACGCUCAGCCUUUUUCUCCAAAAGACGCGUUGCGUCCGUUUACCCUGGAUAUUCGCACAAUAUUUAUCUCCCAGAACAUUAA